UCGUGCCAGAGUGCUGCAGUCAUCGCAACUUUUAUGUUGCUUUGCUGUCGUGUGUAGUCGUCGUUGCGGACGGUCGUGUUUGUGCGAUCGUGGUAGAUUAGCUUACUGCCUUUGACUGUUCUUGCUUCUUGGCACAGCCGUUCCAAGUACUCCGGAUUCGUCCCGUCGUCGUCGAUGCUCUAUAUCGCCGUGUAGUGCAAAUUUUCCAGCAGUUCCCUUCGAGUGAAUAGUAAUAUUCUGAUUGUGCAAAAGUGUUUUCGUGGCAGAAAAUCAUUCGUUCAAGUGCUUAAACAAGCGGUGAAGGAGCCAUCUGGGCCUUACUGGGCUGUCGGCCAUCAGCCAAAGUGCGUGUGAGUGAUAUUUCGAGAGACAAAUAUAGGAGUUUCGAAUUUGAUGUCAAUCGUUCUGGGGAAAGUUGUUUUCAAUCGUGUUUCGUUGGCCUAAUAACUACUGCUAUUCUGAACGUGGAUAGACAACUUCCUGUAGCGCAGAGUUAAAAUUGGAGACAUUUUGAAGCUGCAACACAUCUGGAGUUAACACGCGUAACCGCUGGAUAGAAGCUGUUUUCUUCAGCUGUUGUGAAUUAAAUUUAAAUCGAACACGUUUGAGCGAAUCUCGUGUACGAUAAAGUGCAUUUAGCGUUUCUAUGUGCUGUCGAGAAACGGCCUGCAAAAAGUGGCAUUGAUUUUUGAUGUGAGAAAAAAAGCCUUCCCUCCUCUUUUUACGUUCGAAUAAGCGUUGCCGACCGGUUGUCCACGUAUACUAGAAGGAGAAGACGUGGUUAUCAUAUUUCGCGUAUAUCGCAUUCUGCUUCGGAUGGCCAACCCUGUCUCCUAUUCCAUCAGAAGCAUUUGCUAAGAGUGUGUCUACCGUUCGGAACGUAGUCGGUACCCACAGUGUUGUGUACGUCGCAAAAGUGCAGCGGGGAAGAUAAGUCUGGGAGUGUGUUACGAUGGUUCACAACUGGAAUGUGAUUAUUAUGUGAAUAGGCACCAUCGAUGCUAUUGUUGCUGUUCGUGAUACAGGCUUCGUAUAAGUUCUUAGAGGCACGUGAAAGUAUUUGCCUCCGCGCGUGAUUCUCGGUGUGGUUCACCUGUUAUCGGUUGGUCAGCCAACCAGUUUUUUUUUGUAUAUUGUACCAGACGCCCAGUCAAUCCAGUGAAUCAUCUGCAUUUUAUAGAAGUGUUCGACUGACGCUAUCAAUGUGCAACUUUAAAGCAGUAUUAUUAAUGAUCGUCUAGUGAAAAUAGCGGCUAUCAGUAUGCGUCGAACAAGUCGAAAUUCGUUCAAUUUUGAUUUUUCGCUAAGACGCCUGCUGUUGCAGGGAGCGCGUGCAGCUCGGGGAAGCCCUCCGCUUGGACAGAGAUUAUGCGACGUGGAGAAGGGCAGUGGCAGCGGCAGCGGAAGCAGUGGUCCCAGUGGCAGCGGAGGCAAAUAUGACAAGGGCGGGCCGUCUGGCGGUGGUGGUCAUAAGCACAAUUCCGAUUCCACUUCACAACAUUCGGCCCACUCUCCAGGCAACCUAGAUCGAGGCAUCUCCACCUCCAAACUGACGCCAAAUAACUAUAAAUCAUCGAAUAGUCUACAGAGUAAGAGCACCACUGGUUCCGCUUCGGGCGGAACCGCCGGUUCCGGGACCAAAUCAACGUCCUCGCCGGAAGAAUGUCCCCUGUGCUACGAUACCUUACCGGCAGGAGAAGAAUUCUGCUCACUACUGAACUGCAAGCACUACGCCUGCCGAGGCUGCCUAGAAAACUAUCUAAUGAUCGAAAUCUCCGAAAGCCGAACGGACAUUAGCUGCCCGCAGUGUCCCGAACCGAUGCAUCCGACUGACAUCCAAACGCUGCUGAAAAUGUGUCCCGCUGCCAUAACCAAAUACGAAGAUUUCAUGGUGCGUCGAGUCCUGCUGGCCGAUCCGGAUUCACGCUGGUGUCCCGGGCCGGACUGCAGUUAUGCCGUUAUCGCAAGCGGGUGUGCCUCCUGCCCACGGAUACGAUGCGAACGGCCGGGUUGCGAUGUGCAGUUCUGCUAUCAUUGCAAGGCCGAGUGGCAUCCGGAUCAGACGUGCGAUGCAGCCCGAGCGUCCAGGCAAAGCCCCACCAGGGCACCGUCCGGUAGUAUAAGUCAAGAUUCUCAGCACAAGGACGACAUCAAACCAUGUCCGCGCUGUCAGGUGCUGAUCGUCAAAAUGGACGAUGGGUCCUGCAACCAUAUGGUCUGUGCCAUCUGCGGAUCGGAAUUCUGCUGGCUCUGUAUGAAGGAGAUUAGCGAUCUGCACUAUCUCAGCCCAUCCGGCUGUACUUUCUGGGGCAAAAAGCCUUGGUCCCGGAAGAAAAAGCUACUCUGGCAACUGGGAACACUGGUGGGAGCACCACUAGGUAUCGCAUUGGUCGCAGGAAUUGCAGUGCCUGCCAUGAUCAUCGGCAUUCCCGUUUGGGUGGGCAGGAAAAUACACACACGGUACCAAGCGGCGGGAAAACAUAAGCGAAACUUUGCGGUUCUGGGUGGUGUAACGGCGUCGGUAAUCAUAUCCCCAGUGCUGGCAGGGUUGGCCGUCGCCAUCGGGGUACCCAUCCUGUUGUUCUACGUUUACGGUGUAGUGCCAGUCUCCUUGUGUCGCGCUGGAUGUGACGAGGGAACCAAAUUCGAGUUCGACGAGGAAGAAGACAACGGCUCUCGGAAUCAUGACGCAACCAGCGUGGAUGCCGUAUCGCGGAUCGGUGCCACUAGUAUAGGGGAAGUAAGUCUGAGUGUUGCUAGCGGAAGUCAUCUGGGCGUCAGCAGUCAACACUCCAACUUUGGCACCGUCACAAAUCCGUCUACGCGAGAAUCAACGACAGCCCUGGCCGGCAGUAUAACGGGCCAUCGUUUAGAGGUACAAGCCGACAUUAGCACCUCUGAGACGGCCUCGGCAGUGACAUGCGUAAGCGAAAAAUCAGGCAACACUCUAAACGAUACAGCUUCGACGAAGGCCCUGGCCGGAUCAAUUCUGAGCUAUCGAGCUCAACAGAUGGCUACAGAUUCGGCCUGUUUUAGCGCUUCGGAAGACGGUGCCUCCGAAAGAGUACGUUUUGAUAGUACUGUAUGCUAUGUUAUUGACAACAGUAGCACUGGUGGUGGUGGUAGCAAAAAAGAUUCCUGUGAUAUCUGGUAUACUGUCCCCCUGGAUCAGGACACUGCGGCCGAUAAGGCAAGUCUGGGCAGCGGCCGAUCAUUCCGGAGCUCAGAGCGAUCAUUCCGGGACGACUUUGAUUCAACAAGUCUAUCAUCAUCGCACAAUACUGCCAACACCACUAGUACCAGCCAUCAUAGUCACUGUGCUGUGGGAACUAACCCAGGGGGAGGAACGGCGGGCAGCGCCGGAAGCUCGGUGGCUUCAACCUCUAAACAUCAGCGGAUAAAUGCGUUUGGAACUCGUAUUCCUAAACUCGGGUCAGCCGUGCAUCAACACCGGACCCUGUCAAUGGACAGCAACACUGGCUCGUACAACAUUCCGGAAAAUGUUAGCCUUGAGCAGGAACUAGAGGAACAGUCUCAACAAGAGCAACAAUCUUCGUCGUCGUUGACAGUGUCGCCCAAGGUGCAGCUGUCAACGGGAAAUGUCGAAAGUCGAGCAUCGCCGAAACUAGACGAAUCACGGAGGGGUCCGAAGUCGAGAACCCAUAUAUUGAGGAAUUUAUUCUUCGCGCAAACCGGCAGUGGCGGCAGCUCAGCGGACGUUCAACCGGGUGAUUUUUCCAAAACGUAGGAGUCAAACGAGUGCAAGUGUUUCUAGAAGAUACCGAGAAGCAGGGUUAUCUUCCCAUUCUAAGGCAGCUUGCAGCUAAGUUUACAUUAGUAAAGGAGGCAGCAGAUUAAGGAUAGUGAAUGAAUUACUGGCAGCUGCAGCAGGUGUUGAUACGAUCAAGUGGCGAGCUAUAAAAUUUUUACAAACAGAAAAUGUAUUUAUUAUGAAACUGAUUACAUUUAACGACGGAUGAGAAAUACAGGCGUGAAGUGAUUGGAUAUCGUUCGACGAAAAAGACUGCUAGUAGGAAAACAAAAUACAACAAUGCGAGGAGAAUCGUACAACCAAAAAAACUGGUGGUACUCGCGCGGCGACAAUGUACUGAUUAAAAGUAGUGAAAUUUUCAUUACAAAGUAAUGAACCUAUCGAUCGCAGCUGUGCUAAUCAAUAUGAAACCAUUUAUACCCCUGUUUAGCCAAAUAAAUGAAUUAGAACUAACACAUAUUUCAAAUUAGCAACUGUAAAAUAUUAACAUAGCAGCAUUUAUACUGCAAAACAAGAGAAUCGAACACGGAAACCCCUCGUCAAAUAAUCGUAGCAAAAAUAAACCAAUCGAAUAGCCGCGAUUUAACGCAACAAUGAAAGCCAACACAAUGUAAUCUACACAAACUAGAUGCGAAUCAACCAUAUGAACAUGUUUUUUGCAUAUUUCUUCUUUUAUUUAAUCAGUGUUCUAGUAAAAAUAAAAUGCAUGAUUGCAUAAUA